AUGUUGAGGAAACCAUACUAUUUUACUUCUUUGAUUGGUCAGAAAGAUCCUAUAGAAUUAAUGUCAGCUGCUGAUAUUGAUUUUCAGGUUUUUGAUGUUCUUCUCUGGGAUUAUCUAUGCUUAUUAUGUACUUGUACUGCACUUAUACUGAAAAUUGAUGAAGACGAUUUUGGAGGUCAUGGAGCGCUACUCCAAGAGGGCCUCUUUGCUUCAACAUCACUCGUUCUUAAUGCCCCUAAGAAGGUUCAGUAUUCAGAUAAAUUAUACAGGUGCCCUUACUGCCCAGGAAAGAAGAAGCUGGUCUAUCAUUUUAAGGACCUUCUUCAACAUGCCUCUGAUGUUGGCAGAGGCUCAAUGAACAGAGAAACCAAAGACAAGGGGAAGCACUUGAAUAAGGAUAUUGGUGGGGAAGAUAUAUCGUCAGAAUUUGCUGGAUUAGCUAUUGAACUUCCCACAGAUGGUGCCGUACAUGACUUGUUUGUAUGGCCUUGGAUGGGGAUUCGGGCCAAUGUUGAUGUUGAAUGCAGGGAUGGGGUUUAUCUAGAUCAGUGUAGAUAUGCGAUAGUGGAAUUUAAGAAAGAUUGGGCUGGAUUCUACAAUGCAAUGAUGUUUGAGAAGAGCUUUGAAGCUGAUCAUCAUGGAAAGAAGGAAUCUUACACAACACCUUAUUUGGUCGAUAAUAAAAUGUAUUGCUGGGUUGCCCUGGAUGAGCAUUUUAAUUCAGAAGGUGUAUUUGGUGACUUUUUACAGAAGAAUGGGGACUUGAUGACUGUUGCUGAUGUAGAAUCACAAGGAAACCGGAAAACUGGACAACUCAUCUCCAAUUUGACGAACACCAUAGAUGUUUUGAAGGCGCGUCUUGAUGAAAUUGAGAACAUAAAUCCGAAAGGCCUUGGCAAUAUAGGAAGUCAGAAAGUUGAAUGA